AUGAACAGCCUGGAGACCCGGAAGCAGGCUAUCCUCCGGAACCUUCAGCAGUACUACGACGCAAACUUCACCAGCACCAUGUCUUUGGGGAAGCAUCCAGAAAGGGAGAGGCGUCGAUGCAUCUUUCCGAAGUCCUUCACCGUACCAGCGAGCGUCGUGAAGAGGGCAAUGGAGAUUCUUGACCAGUCCGAGUCGCCGGAUUGCCCCGGCGAGAUGCGGCUGGGCGAAGUGAUCGGCGCCCUGCAUCGUUUUCACAGCGCCUUGGGGGAAGAAAAGAGCAUUGACUGGGACCUGCAAAUCCUGGAGGAUUUGGGCCUCAGCACGGACGUGAACGCUUUCGAUCCGGAAAUGAUGAUCGAGUGGCACACGGAAGCUGUGUACUCACGGUUUCGAGUUGAGCUUGGAACGCUGGAGCGGCUGUAUUUUGCUCUGGACAUGGGCGACAACUCCUCGCUUCUGUCCAAAGCCAUCACAGGCUCCUUUAUGGUCGCAGUCUUCCUGUCAAUGAUUUGUUGGAUCGUGGGAACUACCAAGGUCUUCCGGGUUCUCCCCUGUGUGGGUGAGGAGGUGAACAGCUGCACUCCGCGGGAGCCCGCGUGGAUGGAGACCGUGGAGAUGGUUUGCGUGUGGGUGUUCACGGCCGAGAUUCUCCUCAGAUUGAUUUGUGUCGCGCAGACCCGCAGCGAGCUCCUAAACCAGCGGUACCUCAUCGAUGUGAUUACCGAGCAAAUCGAGUGGAAUGCUCCACGGUCCGGCGCGCGUCGCUUCCUAGCGUUCCUCUUUUCCAUCCAGGCCUUCUACGCGCUUCACGACGCUUUUUCCCCUCUUGGCUGCCACCGUUUCGUCAAUAACAGAGGACCUCCACGAGCGCGACGUCACCAACAUCGGCUGGUUACGCCGGCUAUGACUAUGCCUGAGGACAGGGCAGAGGGUGCUGACCCGAUUGCAUCUAUCGAGUGCCUCGAUGCUCUUGUACCACGUGCCGAGAUUGCGAAACUCAGUCGACAAAGGUCUGACAUGCAAGGGGCGCUUCAGCUCUUAUUUCACGGUAGUAUCUUUACAAUUGUCGCUUGCUGCCGGCUGCCUUUGUAUUCACCUGUCAUGGGAAUGGCGGUCGUGGCAGCAUUUUUCUUCCAUGGCCUCCAUGAAACGGUGCACCAGACGGCAUUCCGUUCUCGUUGGAUCAACGUGCUGGUUGCGCAUGUGUUGGGAUUCUUAUGCAUGCGGCCGGCCCGUCAUUAUUGGUACUACCACUUGGAUCACCAUCGAUACACGGGCAAUCCACGACGCGAUUCCGAGUUGCAGCCAGGCUCUUUCCUGGAUUUGGCCAUUGAUCGUCCGGCACAGUACCUGCUUUACCUCUCAGGUAUACCCUUUUGGUUGGAUGCCGCCUUCACCCUCGUGAGCCAUGCCAUCGGCCGCUGCCACGAAGCGUACCUGAGGAAUCAGAGAGCCUGCGAUAAAGUGACAGGCGAAGCACGGGCUUACCUCCUGGUUUACGGUCUCCUGGCCCUUUCUUGCGCCAUGAGUCCAGGGAUGGCUCGGGCGCUUUGGUACUUCUGGGUUUGCCCGGCUCUUUUUGCACAGCCCAUCUUGAGGUUCUACUUGCUCGCUGAGCAUCGUGGACGCAAACUUUCAACUACGGUCUACGAGAACACUCGUACCACCUACACGAACUGGUUCUUUCGACGCCUGGCAUGGUGCAUGCCCUAUCACAUGGAGCAUCAUGCAUGGCCUUCGAUCCCCUUCUACAAACUCAGGGAGGCCAAUCACUUGCUGCUUCAAAGUGCUCAGAAAGCCGGUUCCGGGUCCGGGGAUGAUCUGCUGGAGCGGGGGGAGAUCCAUCCCGAGCUCAAAGGCAGCUCGCGACUCGGGUACUUGGGCUUUAACCGCCGCUACUGGAUGCAUCUGCGAAGCAAAGCCCAAACUGAGAAGACAGGUAUGUACAUGACUGUAUGUAUGUGUGUAUAUAUAUAUAUAUAUAUGUAUGGCGAGGCUUGCUCGUCUAUUGUGUAUUUAAUCGUGUUGUUCAUCUGCGUAUAG